AGUGCGCCUCACGUAAGCAAACAACACCUUUGGGUUAGUUUUUAUAGGCCGAGAAUCCCAGCCCAGGCCGCCCAGGGCUCGCCUUGCGCUGGAUCGAUCUUGGAUUUGAUCGAUCUCUCCAAGGAAUUCCUCGGUUUUGCGGCUAAAUCUCGUCGCGGCUCACACAUUUUGGCGGAGGAAUCGCAUCGCGGCGGCGUCCAUAAGAAAUGCUUCCGUGAUUGCCCAGGAACUAGGUAGCGCGUCCACGCAGACUUUCCACUCGCCCUCUCUAGGCUAAUCGAUCGCCUCCAUGACGAUUGAGAGCGUAAAGGAUGCUGUCAAGGACACUGUCUGUGUGACCGGCGCCAAUGGAUUUGUGGCUUCUUGGCUCGUCAAGCUCCUCCUGGAAAGAGGAUACACAGUCCAUGGAACGGUGAGAAAUCCCGAUGAUGAGAGGAACGAUCACUUAAAAGCUUUCGAUGGCGCAAAAGAGAGGCUCAGCCUGUGGAAAGCGGACAUACUUGACUAUGAAAGUAUCUCGGCUGCUACAAAGGGUUGUCAAGGAAUUUUCCACACGGCCUGUCCGGUCACUGAUGAUCUUGGGAUUGUCCAGGAACCAGCUGUUCGUGGCACUUUAAACAUACUCAAGGCCGCAGUGGAGCACCAUGUGAAGCGAGUCGUUCUCACAUCCUCCGUGGGGUCCGUUUACAUGGAUCCGAAGAGGCCCGUGGAAGAGGUCGUGAGCGAGGAGAUGUGGAGCGACGUUCAGUAUCUCAAGGACACAAGAAAUGGCUACUGCCUCGCAAAAACUUUGGCCGAGUCGGCUGCCUGGGAGUUCGCAAACCAGAGCCAUGUGGAUAUGGUGACUGUGAAUCCGUCAGUGGUUCUUGGCCCGCUGCUUCAGAGCACGAUGAAUGCUAGCACCACACACAUCCUCAAGUAUCUUACAGGAGCAACCAAAGUGUACACGAAUCACUGUCAAGCUUACGUCGACGUGAGAGAUGUGGCCGAGGCACACAUUCUCGUGUACGAGGAGCCUAGUGCUUGCGGGAGGUACUUGUGUGCUGAGAACAUACUCCACCGCGGGGAGGUUGUGGAGGCCAUGGCAAAACUUUUUCCGGACUAUCCAAUCCCGCGAAAGCCCAAAGACGAUUCUCCGCGUGUGAAAUCGUGGAAGAUUUCAACCAGGCGGCUGCAGGAUUUGGGGCUCAAGUUUAGGCCCUUUGAGGAGUACAUUGCAGACACAGUCCACAGCCUGCAAGAGAAGGGAUUCAUACAAUAGAAACCAAAUUAUUAAUUUAGCUAUGUUAAUGAGCUAUCCUCAAGCUCUAUUUUUCAUUUUUUUUAUUUUACUUUUCAUCUUUUAUAAA